CAACAAGGUCUACAAAACAACAACCAACAAACAUCGCGAGUCUUCUCGCGCCUACCUUCAAGAUGUCCGACAUCCUCACGCAGUUGCAGGAGUCCAUGGACUUGCUCUGCACCAUGUUCAUCGCAGGCCUCUACUACGUCGAGCGGCACCACGACCUCGAGCAAUUCGGGCCCAACGAUAAGAUCCCGGACCUCAAAGCCGACCAGGUCAAGGAAGUGGACACCCUCGACCCGCAGACGUUCAAGGACGGCCAAGCCGAGAUUGCUCGCGACAUCAUCGUGCAGGCGCAGCGUAUCGAGUACCUGGUAUCCGAGCUGCCCGGGUUGCAGAACAGCGAGCGCGACCAGUUGAAGAUUAUAAGCGGGCUAGAAGAGGAAAUUGCCGGACUGGAGGCUCAGAGACUGGAGGCAAUCAGGGAGAGGGACGAGGUGUUUGGGCAGCUGGAUGCGUUGGUGCGGAGUCUGCAGCGGCCUUGAGGCUGCAUUUCUAUGAUUUUCGCGAUAUGGGAGGGGAGGGGGGGGAGAAAAUGGACAGGCUGGCUGGGCUGUUGGUUUGUUUGGGCAUGGCGUUGACAUGGUCAGGUUGGGGCAUAUACAAGGUUCGGAUGUGCUUGA